GGUCAUGGCACCUCUUGUGUAAAAGGAUAGCAUCAAAGUUCACUUGGCGAACGAUCUUUAAUAUGGUGUUCCAAAUAUUGGAAAACAACACAUUUGUCAUGUCUCUUAGUGGUUAUAAACAUCUCAGUUAAAGUUCGAUUUUAAACUGCCUCUUGGUUAAUGAAAGUUAAGAUACAAACAAGUGGAGACAUUGUGAUGAUAAGACAAAAAGUAUUAUUGCUAGAGCUAUAAGCACCUUAUACUGAGAUGGAUAAUAUGGGAAAUAAUACACAGGUUCGUGUUUUGCUGUGGUGCGUACCAAGGUCCUGCUCUACGGCAUUCAUGCGAGUCAUGGAGAACUGUAAGCCAGGCAAAGUUAAGGUUCUCGAUGAGUUAUACUAUAAAUCAUAUUACUUGAGCGAGGAGAGGCGCAGUGAACGCUACUAUAAUACAAAAAAUCACAAAGGAACAGUCUGUGGAUUCAAGAAGGAUCAAUUAAGCUACGCUAGUCGCUUAUCACUGUACAAUGAGUCAUAUACAGAUUAUGAUAUUGUAUUUGGAAAAGAGAUGUCGUUGUUUCUUGAGGAUAAAUUGGAUAAUGAUGCCUACGUACCUAGAGGCUACCAGCAUACUUUUCUCAUCAGGCACCCGGAAAAAACUAUACCAUCUUUAUACAAAUGCUUUUUGAGAAGUGAUUCUACAUCGAUAGAAGAUAUAACAGCUGUGGCUCCUGAAGGAAAAUACAUGUAUCAGACAGCUCACGAUUUGUUUCAUCAACUUAAGGCCAAAGGUGACACACCUAUCGUCAUUGAUACAGAGGAUCUGUUAAGGAACCCUAUUGGUGCUUUCCAAGCAUAUUGUAAUGCUACCAAAUUACCCUUUCGAAGAGAGAUGCUAAACUGGGAGGAAGGGAAGGUUAAAAAUAAGUGGUUCGAAUAUCCGGAAUGGUAUGGAGCAUUGAUCCAUAGUAAAUGCUUUGGUCAAAUCCAAACAGAAAAUAAAGAAUCUCUUUACACGAGCAACAAUAAUUCCAAUGUAAAGCUGCAAGAGGAAAUGGAUAGAAUUCAUGAUAUGAUUAAACUGCAAAUAGCAAACAAUCUGCCGCUGUAUGAGGACCUCUAUAAAUAUAGAAUACGGAUGUCUUAACCAAAAUGGUGAUUAUUUGAACCUACUAACGACAGAUUUCAACGUAGUGUAUUCUCGGGAAAAUAACGUUAUG